AUGAAUUACGAGCGCAUGUUAUAUGAUAUCCCCGAGAUCUUCCAGACAUCGGGGAAUGAGAAGGAGUUUGAUCUCCUCCUUGGUCUUCUGGGAUGGGCGCGCAAUGAGGCCUUUGGAAGGGUUGCAGAUACAUGUGCGCUCUGGGGUGCACUCGUUCAUGCCAACAGCCAUCUUCUCCUAAUGCAAGCCAGGCUAACAGAGCGCAAUUGCGACCACGAAAGCUUUAAUAUUGCGUCGUCUCUAGACUUGGAGCUAGAAGAAGCGAGGCGGUUGAUGGAAAAUUUGCCCGGAGGUAGACACUUGCUGGUUAUCAAUGGCCCUGGAGAAUUCAUGCUUGCUGUGAAGCGAAUCCGGUUCCUUCGCGAGUACAACUCGCCGCAGUAG